UGUUUUAGUUCUAUUCUAAAUUUAAUUAAAAUUUAAAGCAUAGUAAAUGUAUGAAUAUGUCUCGUGCUACACAAAACUAUACAAUCCUAAGAAAACAGUUAGAUGAUUUAGGAUACACAGAACCUUUACCAAGGGAUGGCAUUCGAUUAGUUGAUAGGUUGCUUAACGAUAUUAUAAAAGCUAGAGAUAAGAUAUGCUACUACAAAACGUUAUCAAACUGUAUUGAGAAUGAGAGAGAAGCUUUGCUGAAAGGAACUCAGCCUUCUUUAUCUGAUAACGCUAAAUUAAAAUUUGAAAUAGAUGAUCUCAAGGAUGAAUUAAUUGAAGUUAGACAAGACGCACAGAACACAAAUGCAAAGUUAAGAGCUAAAUUGAAGCAUCUUAAUUAUCUGAAUGAUGAACUUGAAAGCAAAUCUAAAUUACAGCAGAAUACAAUACAACAGCUAGAACUUGAACUAGCGACCCAAAAUACAGAAGUUUUAAAACUAAAAGAGCAAAAUACUAAAAAAAAUUUGGGGAGAUUUAAUAAAUUCAAUCCUAGUGAUGCAGAAAAAUCACCAAAAAUUAAACAUAAUUCAAAUCCAGAAAUUAUGAAACUAAAGAACAAAUGUGAAGAACUAGAUAAAGAUGUUAAGAAUUUAUUAGAUAAUCAACAACAACAAAUUGAUUUACUUGAUUCUUACAAGAACUUAAUACAAAAAAAGGAUGAAGAAAUUAGAAAAUUAUCAAACUUUCAAGAAAAUUAUAGAUUAUUUUGUUCGCGGAAAAAUAACAGUGGUCAUAAUGAUAAUGUCUUACAUGAUCAUGUUAAAAAUAAAUAUGAAAAGCAGUUACAUGAAGCAAUAAUUAAACAGAAUGAAUUUUUAAUUCAUCUAAAACUUGUUGAGAGAAAUAAGCAGUUGGAAAACGAAUUGCAAGAUAUUGAUAAAGUUGCUCUGAAUGUUGAAAGGCAAUGCAACAAAUCACUAGAAAAUAAAAAACUGUCAUACAGUCUAUGGCAUGAUCUUAAAGCCAGCUUGCGAAAAAAUAAUGCCUUACAAGAAGAAAUUUUAACUCUGAAAAGAAAGCAUAAUGAUUUAUUAGAUGAAUUGAAAGUUUAUAAAACUAAGAAACUAUUUUCAUCUCAAUAUGUGCAAACGGAAAAUGCAUAUACAGAUCAUGUUAGAAGUUCUAUGUUACAAGACGACAAUAAUUAUAAGAAAACUACGAGUUUACUAUUUAACACUGAGCCUGAGUUGAAUCAUACAUCAUUUGCACCUUCUACGGCAAGAUCUCAUGAUAAGGUUUUUUAUAGUCAUGAGAAUAACAAUGAACAUGAUAAAUACAAGUUUUGUAAAGAUAAGAAUUUUACCAUGAAUGCCUGCAGUUUUCCACAUGAAGUAUUCCAUUGUUCUUCAGCAGAUCCAAGACAUACUGAACAUACAUUUGCUUCUUGGCAAAAGAGUUAUGAUAAAUAUUUGCAUAAAUAUGUAAUUAAAUCCUCAUUUUGCAAAAAUAAUUGUAUAUGUAACAAAUGUUUUCAUUCCAUAAAUAAUUUGAUAUGUUGUUUGGACAAAAAAAUUGACAUUCUGCAAAGUGAGCUGCUUCAAAAUCAAACAGAAAAGAAUAAUUUGAAAAAGAAACUUGAUCUAACUAUGGAAAUGAAAGCCUGUGAACAAAAUAAGCUUCAGCAAAAAUCUAUUGAAAAUCAACAAAAACUUGAUAGACUUGAAUUUGAACAAAGAGAAUUAUUGAUGAUGAAAGACCAUCAAAAUUCCGCAAUGAAUAAUUUACAAGAACAUUGCCUUGAACUGGAAAAUCGAUUAAGUUUGCAAGAGAAAGAAAUUAGUAAUAAUAAAAUAUCAUACAAUCAGCUUAAGGUAAUUCUUGAUCAAACUGAGAGAACAUUGACCAUAAUUCAAGAGCAGCUACAAGAGAAGGAACAGCUGUUGGCUAAAUCUAAAAGUAAUAAUCAUGACUUAGAACUAGAAAAUAAAAAAUUGACAGAGAGUAAUAGAAAUCUGAAGUUUGAUCUUACAAAUUUGAAAAUGAUUUUGGAAUCUACGAGUAAAGAAAAAAUUCUACAUUUGAAUGAAUUAGAUGAAAAGUGUGAACAGAUGAGUAAAAUUAAAGAGCAAACACUACUCCUUGAUUCUGAGCGACAACAAUUGAAAAAUUCUAUAAAGGAUUUGAAGGUGAAACUGGAUAAUGCUUUGCAGUCAAGGGACUCGCUUAAAGCAUUGCUGACAAAGUCUAAUAUAGAAGCAGAAAAAUGUUCCGAGGAUAUAGAAAAAUUAAGCUCUGAAUGUAAGAACUACACUGUGGAAAAUCGUCGUUUAUUAGAUGAACUUACUUCUGUCAAAAGCGAGUAUAGACAAACUGUUCAUGCUUUAGAGUCUUCUAAGAAAGAAACUAUAGAAUUACAGCAACAACUUCAACAAUAUGUGGCACGUGUUCGACACGCUGAAGAUAUAAUUGCUAUGAAAGAAACUGAGCGUUCAGAGUUGCUGGAACAAUUUAGAAAUUUAUCUCAAGAAGCUUUAUUACUUGAAACAAAUAAUCAUACAUUAGAAAUAAAUUUGGCUGAUACUCAAAAGCAACUGCACGCAAAAAAAGGCUUAGCCAAUAAUUUACAAGCCCAUGUUAAUGUUAAUCAAAAAGGCAUAGAUGAAACUCAUUUGGAAAUAUCAAGUAAUCAUGCUUGUUUGUCUACUUUGUCAGGCGGGGAUAAUUGUAAGCAGUCUACUCAAAAAACUGAAGAAGAUUUUACUUUAUUACUUCAGAAAUAUGAUGUUUUACAAAAGAAAAAAAAUGAGCUACAGCAUGAGAAUACAAUUUUGCAAUGUGAUAAUAAACAAAUCAAACUUGAAAUGGAAGAAUUGAAGACGGAGUUAGAUAAAGAAAUUUCUGCGAAGGAAGGUCUGCAAGGGUUACUAGAGUCUUGUAGGCGGGAGGCUGUAGACUAUCAUCUCAAAGUGUUGGAACUAACUAAUGAAUUAAGUGAACUGCGUAAUACUGUCCAAAUACUAAUGUCAAAACUGGAACAUGAGAGAGAGCUUUCACAACGAUAUCAAGCCCAAUCACAUGAAUAUGGUCUUCAGUUACAUGAAGUUAGAGAACAAAUUGCUAGUCGACAUAAUCGUUCAAAUGAUGAUACUGAUUUCUACACAACCAUUUAAAUUAUUUUUUCAUUAUUGGCAUUUUAA